UGCCCACCCAGUCGCCUCGGCCUGGGGGGCGGGGGGUGACAGGAAGGGAGGUGCUGGGCACCGGCCGUGAAGAGCCACCCUUCCUCUCGACGCCGCGUCCGCCCGGGCCUCGCCGGCCAUGCGCCCCACCGAGCCCUGGAGCCCCAGCGCGGGGACGGCGCCCUGGGACUACUCAGGGUCGGGCGCCCCGGAGGAGCUGGAGCUGGAGCUGGAGCCGUGCGCGGCCCGGGACCUGCCCUACGGCUACGCCUACAUCCCCGCGCUCUACCUGGCGGCCUUCGCCGUGGGCCUGCCGGGCAACGCCUUCGUGCUGUGGCUGCUGGCCGGGCGGAGCGGCCCGCGGCGGCUCGUGGACACCUUCGUGCGGCACCUGGCGGCCGCCGACCUGGGCUUCGUGCUCUCGCUGCCGCUGUGGGCCGCGGCGGCGGCGCGCGGCGGCCUCUGGCCCUUCGGCGAGGGCCUGUGCAAGCUCAGCAGCUUCGCCAUGGCCGCCACGCGCUGCGCGGGCGCGCUGCUGCUCGCCGGCCUCAGCGUGGACCGCUACCUGGCCGUGGGCCGCCCGCUGGCCGCGCGCGCCCGCCGCACCCGGAGCUGCGCGCCGGCCGCGUGCGGGGCCGUGUGGGCCACGGCGCUGGCGGCCGGCCUGCCCUCGCUGGCCUUCCGCCGCCUGCGGCCGCUCCCCGGGGGCCGCGGCAGCCAGUGCGCCGAGGAGCCGUCCGACGCCUUCCAGGGCCUGGGCCUGCUGUCGCUGCUGCUGACCCUGGCGCUGCCCCUGGCCGUCACCGUCGUCUGCUACUGCCGCGUGUCGCGCCGCCUGCGCGGGCCGGCGCUCCUGGGCCGCGCCCGGGGCCGCCCGCUGCGCAUCAUCGUCGCCGUCGAGGGCGCCUUCGUGGGCUCCUGGCUGCCCUUCUGCGCGCUGCGCGCCGUCUUCCACCUGGCGAGCCUGCGCGCGCUGCCGCUGCCCUGCGGCCUGCUGCUGGCGCUGCGCUGGGGCCUCUCCGUCGCCACCUGCCUGGCCUUCGUCAGCAGCUGCGCCAACCCGCUCAUCUACCUGCUGCUCGACCGCUCGUUCCGCGCGCAGCUGCGGCGGCGCGGGGCCUGCCGGCGCGCGGCGCGCCCGGCGCGCGGGGGCAGCUCGGCGUCCUCGGUCUCCCAGGACUACGGCCCGUUCCGGAGCCCGGGCGGCGGUGCGGGCCGAGCGCCGACGACGAACGCCUCCUCGGCCGUGCGCCCAUAG